AUGUCACCACACACCCCCAGCGCCACCACCACCGUCCUCGUACGCACCACCCUCCCCAGCACGCCUCUCCCCCCAUCCUCCCAGCGGCACCCCAUCCGCACCGCCCGCCUCCUCAUCCGGCCCCUCGCGCAGUCCGACCUGCGAGCCCUUUUUUCCCUUCGCUCCCAGCCCGAAUUCAUGGCCGAGACCCGCAGCGGGCAAAUCGACCGCUCCAUCGCCGAGACGCAGGCCGCGCUCGACGCCUUACUACACACAUCAGACGAAUGUUUCGUGUUCGGCGUUUUUGUUGCUGCGACGGGGCACCUGGUUGGGGAUGGCGGUGUUCAUAGUUUGGCGUCGGGGCAGCUGGGCUGGCCUGAGGUCGGGUAUAAGUUCCGCCGCGAGGCUUGGCGGAUGGGGUAUGCGACGGAGAUGCUGGGGGCGGUGUUGGGGGCUUGGUGGGCGUUGCCGAGGUGUAGGGUUGAGGCGAGGGUGCAUGGGGCGACUGUGAGGGUUAGGGGGGAGGAGGAGGGGAGCCGUGGGAAGGGUGGGAAUGGCAAUGCUGAGACGGGCACGGGGACGCAGACGGAGACGCGGGAAAGGGUGUGUGCGAAUGUCGAGGUGUCGAAUACGGCGAGCAUGCGGGUGCUUGAGAAGCUGGGCUUUGAGCGCUGUGGAUCAUGGGAUGAGCCCGAUACGCAAGCGCACAGGGUGGGCAAGCCGGUGACGCUGGUUCGGUUUACGCUCGCUGGUCCUGGCAUUACCGCUGGGAGAAGCAGUAUCGGCUGGGUCAUUCUAGCAGACUGGCUCGAAGAUGAGGUCGAGUUCGCGAGGCCGGCGCUCACGAAGAUGGCGAUGGAUAUGGCCCAAAGACAAACAGAUGUGGUACAGCGUCUGGCAUGGGACCUGUUGCGGACGUUGGGGUGGGAGACCUCGAUGUGGAAGACCUCGAUGAUUGGUUCGUGA